UAAUCGGACUUGUAUACUGUCAAAUAUGUCUGCGCUCCAUAUGAAAGGUUAAUUACAUAUUACAUGAAAAAUUGUAAUCGUAAAUGGCGUAAAUCAAUUGGCCAAAUAAUUACAAAAGUAGCAUUUUGUAAUUAUAAGAUGAGUGAAACUAUUAUUGCGAAGAUUAAUAUUUCCGACAUGUAGAAAAGAUACAGAUGUUUGUAGGGGACAAACUUUCGAAUGACAAUUAUAUGAAUGAAAUGUCAUAAUGGAAAUAUCUUCGUGAACGAUUACAUAUUAUCAUCAAUUAUAUUUAAUAAGAAAUGGAGUGCAAUGAAGAAGACUGGUUUGUCGAGUGCUCCGAUGAUGAAAAAUAUGAAGUGAACGUGAAGCAUGAAUGGAAUCUGAAGGCUGAAGACAUAGUCUCGUUGAUUGAAGGCUUGGAAGCAAACAAUCGUGUUUUAGAACUUGAAUGGAAGUGUCCUGGUAGACGAGGACCCUCGCCUGUUCCCUCAAACAAUCGGCUACAGGAACAUGGAUCUCAAGAAUACAAAACUGAAGAGAAAUCCGACUUUGACUUCAUGGAUGAAAUGUCGUCACCAAGGCUACCUGUGCGUAGAAUCGGUGAGAGUACUCCAAAAGGCAGCGCCAAGAAGAAAACUGCCAGUUUCAAUGGAGUGUUAUCGACAAUGUUACGACAUCGUAGAUUGGAGCAACAAGAAAUUAAUUCUACUCCAAAGAAAAGUGAAUCACCUGGGUUAAAGCUGCAUCCUUCUACAUAGAAAUGAGGAAAAUCCUUAAUUCCGUAAACGAAGACGCCCCACGUCGGGAAGAAGAUGACUUCUACUAUCAAACUGUAGAUCGCGGGUGCGCAGCCUCCGGUGAUUAGCCAGUUGGUCGGGAUGUGUCCGGAAAUGGUUACGAUCGCGUUCGGCGGUGUUCCGACCGGGAGACGAAACGAGAACGAGCACAUCAAAGUGGCCGGUAUCAUCAAAUACAUGGGAUGCAUCUCCAUCGCUACGCACUAUAGCGAACGGACAAAAAUAUUCGAUAAAUAUAAUUGCGUGCAAUUUGUUAACAGCAGUGUUUGCUGUUAUCUAAAUAAAUUUAUAUAUAGAUGAGUAUAGAUUAAACUUUGGCGUUA